AUGGAAUUUUCAAAGAUAUCAAAAGGUUCUCAAACAAUUGAUCGUAAUCAAGCGGAUACAUAUAGUUGUAAUCAUAACACUCGAAAAAAUAUUUUUCUUCUAACAUUAUUAUUAGAAAAACUUGGGUUUAAUUCAAAUGAUACACAAGGAUCUGAUUUACUAGAUGAUGCUAAUAUGAUCUAAUUAACUGCUGAAAAUGUUGUUGUUACGAAAGAUAUGAUCAAACAACUUCAACAAAAUUUUAAUAUUCCUGAUCAUCUAUUGGAAUAA